CCACCGUCAAGGAACUCCAAUUAAACCUAACACAACAUACCCUAAUACCUCUCUCUCUCUCUCCCUCUCUCUCCCCACACACACGCAGACACACACGUACUGUAACUGGUGAAAUGGAUGAGGAGUUACAGAAACGAAACACAGAUUGCGUCUACUUCCUGGCCUCUCCUCUCACCUGCAAGAAGGGGAUGGAAUGCGAGUAUCGGCACAGUGAGAUGGCCAGGCUGAACCCAAGGGAUUGCUGGUACUGGAUGUCUGGGAGCUGUCUAAAUCCAACCUGUGCUUUUCGGCACCCUCCAUUGGAUGCAGGCACUGAGGCAUCCUCUGAUGCUGCCCCUCCACACAAUCAAUCUUCUGUAACCACGAGCAAGACAAAAGUUCCCUGUUACUUUUAUUUCAAUGGGUUUUGCAACAAGGGUGACCGGUGCUCUUUUCUGCAUGGACCUGAAGAUGGUGCACCUGCUUUGAUACCCUCAAAGACAGCUUCUGCAGUCACUGAUGCACUAAGCAUGGAUAAAAAGACAUCAGCAGCAGGUGAUGCAGGAUCUGCACCAUUAACAGCACGCCCUAAAGCAUAUGAAACUGUCCUGAAGGAAACAGCAGGCAUACAGGUUAAGGCUAAACAUGAUCUCCACCAGUUCAGUCCUCAUAAUUUGGCUGAGCAGAGUACUGCUCCACAUGUCUCAGCAUCUGCAUGUGAAGAAGCUGCAACGGUUAGGUUGGACACAUUACUUCCUGCAGAAGGCUUUGAGCAAAACAGAUCUCUUCAAUGUUCUGAUCAAAGUUCAGAGGAUCCAGUGGAUGGCCAUAUUGAGCGAGAGGAGUGGUUGGAGUCCCCCCCAGGUUUUGAUGUUCUUGUAGAUAAUGGGUCAGAGAACUUGGGUAAUGAAGAUGAUACAGAGUACUUGUUGGAUGGGGAAGGCAGAGAGCUGAAUGGCCAAUUUGUGGGUUAUGAUUAUGAAGAUCCUGAGUAUGACCCUGCAUGCCCAGAUGUGGGAAUUUUGUAUGAACAAGAGAUGCAUUCUUAUGAUCUUUUGGAUGAUGAGAACACUUAUGAUUAUGGGAGAAAAAGUCCUGUGCACUCAAGGGAGACAAUGUUGGAUCAUGUUUCACCACGGAAAAGGAAAUUCUUACCAAUGGAGCAGUCAUUUAAUGGCCGGAGUGGUAUGGAUCUUAGAGACCAUUUGAGGAAACGGAGGGUGAUAGAUGUACCUUCUGGGAACCAUUUCUCAAGAAGACCCCAUUCAUCUCGUCUGAUUGGUCGAAUCGGGGAUAGGCCCCGAUGGCAGGGUACUCAGCGGCCGCAUAGUAGAUUGGCAUCACGAGUGGAAAAUAAUAACACUGGAUCACACUUCGAGAAUGAAGCUCUAUCUAAUGGUGCCAACCAGCAAGGCAGAUCGAUACAUUCUCGCAUAAACAUGUCUGGGCAGCAUUUUAAGGAAAAGAGGCUAGGUAGACAGCAGUUUCUUUCAUCUGAAGUCCCAAGGAAGGCUGCUUCAAAGAAGCUGAGGUCUACUGAAGAUUCUACUUUGUUUACUGGGCCCAAGACCCUUGCCCAACUUAAGGAAGAGAAGAAAAAAACACAAGAAAAUGGAGAUUCCUUUGGGACAACAGGGCCAUCGGACUUUACAACAUCAGAAGAAUUCCAGGGUCCUAAACGGCUCAGCGAAAUCCUGAAGGACAAAAGCGGGUAGGGUUUUGGUACUGAAUGAUGGCUCAACAGAAAGUGAUCUUAUAUGCACGUGAGCAGACUCAUGAUCAUUAAGUCGAAGUGAAAACAACUUUGCCGAAGACGAUGACGACAAAAGGUAUAAGAAGAAGUUGUCUUGUGUUGUAUUAUGGUGUUUGAAGUCUUGUAUGCUGGCAUCUUGGAGGAAAUUGUUGUUUUUUCGUUUCACUAGACAGAAAUGAGGGCCUUGAGAAGAAGCUCACCAGCAUUCUGGACUCUUCGGAGACUUUCCUUGGACCAUUGUCUUUAAUAUUCUGAUUACCAUUGUAAGCCUAACCUUCCUUGAUCAGGAUAUUGUUUGUUUCCUGCAUAAACAGAUUUGUUAUGAACUUCAUAACUUCACUCUGGUAAUUGAGUUGGCUAUGAAAUUUUACAUUGCCGAUGGUGCAUUUGAAUUGAAAAGCUACUGCUUGACCGCUAUUGAUGACCAUGUUUCUCUGUUUCUGAAAACUCGAGAUUUUAAUACGAAUUCUUACCCAGAAUUUUCCAGUAUGGGUUCGGU